AUGAAUCACGAGCAACGUUUUCCACAGAGAAAUACAUAUAAUAAUCCAACAAAUAUAUCAUCGCUGCAAAGAUCAAAUAUGAUACAACAUCGACCUCGUACAAAUGAGUUUGAAAGUGAUAGACAUUCUGGUCAAGUAAAAAAACGCAUGCGUUGGACAUCUCCAGAAGAUUUCGAUCAUCGGUUUAAUUCUUAUGAACAAUUCAACACAAAAAGUUUUCCUGAAACCGCUGUUUUAUUGUUUAACAUACAAAAUGCAAAGUAUCCUAUCACAGUGGAUGUGAUGCAUAAAAUUUGUUCAGCUAUUGGAAACGUGUUACGAAUUGUAAUUAUGCGUAAACGUGGUGUUCAAGCAUUGGUUGAAUUCGAUACGCCUGAAACAGCAGCCUUAGCAAAAACUGAAUUAGAUGGUGCUGACAUAUAUUCUGAUUGUUGUACAUUAAAAAUUGAUUAUGCAAAAACCAGUCGUUUGAAUGUUCGUCGAAAUGAUCCAGAUGGUUUAGAUUUGGAAGCUGAAGACAAUGGAUAUUCACGUCGAAAACCUUUACUCAAAUCUCCAUCACCAUCCCGAUCGGAAGAAACCGAUACGUAUCGACCCACUUCAAAUCGUCAGGAAUAUCUGUCUGAUGUUUCAUUAUCGUAUGGGAGUUUACGAAAUAGUCACGACUUAUGCUCACGUUCAUUUGAACAGCGUCUACCAGACACAGCUGGUGUAUAUUUGAACGAACACAAACAGAUCCUUCAACAUCAACAUCUAAAAGAUCUUACUUCUCUUACGCAUCGUCAACCACAGUUUUUACUGUCAAAUGAAUCACAUUUAAUUGCCCAACAGCUUGAUCAUUUCAUCACUGAACAACCAACACCUGGUUCACAUGUCUUUAACAUACAAGGAUUAACCUCGAAAUGGAAUUGUGAAAAGUUAUUUAAUUUCCUA